GAAUAUAGCAGACAAAACCACAUACAUUAUAUAAACGACUUGAAGAAUGAAAGGUUUCGCACAUCUGCUGUUUAUAGCGCUAUUUUUUGGCGAGAGUUACGGGCGGAGCGUGGAUGAAAGGCUGGUGGUCCAUCCCAGGCCGGUCCAAUACUGCGCACCCGGGAACCAUUCCGUCGGAUGUCUUCAAUGUCCCUCAAACGCUCCUUGGGCAGACUGCGACAUUGAUCCGUGUAUACGGGAAGCAGAGUUUGGCUGUCCGCUGCAUAAACAUGAUGACCCCUACUGCAUCUCGAACCAGUGUGACGGUUGUACGGACGAGUGGUAUCUGCCAAGCGGGCAGCGGGUCUGGUGCUGGGGACCCUAGAUUGUUGGAGAUCGGAAGUGGGGUAGUAAUUCUUUGGAAGAACUUUUCUGACUCGCUUAUAACCUUAAUAAAGAUAUUUUAAGAGUUUCAUUCAAUUAGUUCGCCAUCUGUAAUGGUUACUGAACCUUCUUCUCGAGC